CAGCCAAAGCAGCCACAUGCGUAUACUCUGUUGAUGUGGCGAUGUCAGCGGAUGUAUGGCCGCAAAAGUCCUGCUAGCAAAACUUUCUAGUGUAAACGCGACCUGAGAAGUGCUGCUUGCAUGUCCUUUGCUGCUGAGUGCUCUGUGCCCAUUCCUUCUUAGGGAGCAGAGAACAGCCCUAAUAAAUGUGUUCCUGAAACACCCAUCUCUCUAAACAUAGCAUAUAACCCUCCAGUAGUGCAACUGCAAUCAACAGUGACUGCUGAAAAUCAGCCUAUUAUGAACAAUACUGGUCAUUUCAGAAGGAUCUUGUAAGUUCUUGGGUUUCCCUUUGUGCUCAUGAAUUAAAAGGAUCUUUGCCCAUUCCCUAAUUUUUUAUGGCUAAUGGUAAGAAAAGAAUGGGAGCAAUUAAGACUGAGACCAGAAAUGAAUAAUGAUCCCUUUGCCUAAGGAAUAAACACCAGUAGCCCUGGGAGCUGUACUUCUCUUUUAAGCUAAUCCUCCCCUCUUCUACACAUGAUGUUUCUGGCUUUCAUUUGUCUUGGCAGGAAAUUCAUCUCUUCUCUUCCCUUUCCCACCCCCUCUUUUCUCUGUUGCCAGAUGCUGUUCUUCCCUGCCUCACUUCUCAUCCUGCUAAAGUUGGGGGGAAUUUUACCAAAGCUUCUAUAUUGGGACAGAGAGUCAGAAUGCAGCCUGUGCCCCUGCAUAGCCUCUCAGAGCUGGAGAGAGCCUGUCUGCAAGAAAUCGCCUUUUACCAGCUGCAAAAAAAGAACAUGAUCAGUGGUAUCAGCCUUUCUAAAGCUGGACCCAAACGCAACAAAUUCAUCAGAAGGAAACUGGAAAACUCCUCCAAGGAGAAAAAAGACUGUUGUCCCCAGGCCUUUGGGAUCCCGCUCUCCCAAGUCAUUGCCAAUGACUGGACACACAAGCAAAUGCAGGAAGCAGUGAAAGGCAGCCGCAGGGACUGCCUGGAGGUGGAAGCGACCGUGACUAAAUUUCGAGCUCAGAUUCAGAAGAAAUCCCCUUUCAUCGGAGGCUGCGUGCUGGAGCUUGGUGGAGAGUUUGCCGAUGAGCCGCUCUCUCCUACUUUCCUGGACACUGUGUCCCGGAGCCACCGAAGGGGGGGAGUGUCUGUGGACUCCAUCACCGAUUUGGGUGACAACACCUCCAGGCUGCUGGAAGCUCUGCAGCUGUCACAUCCCAAUGAGCUGGAUCUCAGGAGAACCUUGGAGAGGAACAAGACGUUGAGCCUCAAUCCCAUCUACAGGCAGGUCCCGCGUGUUGUGGACAGAUGUUGCCAGCACAUUGAGGCAUACGGACUCCAGACUGUGGGCAUUUUCCGUGUUGGAAGCUCUAAGAAAAGAGUUCAGCAGCUGCGGGAAGAAUUCGACCAGGGAUUUGAUGUUUUCUUGGAUGAUAGUUAUUGUGUCCACGAUGUGGCAGCUCUGCUCAAAGAGUUUUUCCGGGACAUGCCUGAUUCCCUGAUUCCCAAGGAACUCUACUCAGCCUUUGUCAGUACAGCCUUCAUGGAACGCAUGGCCCAGCUCUCCAUGCUGCAGCUGCUGGUGUACCUCCUACCUCCCUGUAACAGUGACACCCUGUACCAGCUAUUGCAGUUCCUGAACAAGGUGGCACAGCAUGCCCAGGAUUCCACAGGUCCAGAGAGACAAAAGAUUCUUGGAAAUAAAAUGACAGCCUCAAAUUUGGCUACAAUUUUUGGCCCCAACCUGCUGCAAAGAGAGAAGCUUCUGGAGAGAGACCCCAGUGCCCAUGCCGUGGAAAUUGAAAACAGCACUUCUAUCAUCCUCGUGCUCCAGAGUUUAAUUGAGAACUAUGAAGCUUUGUUCAUGGUGUCUUCAGAGGUGCAGCAUGACAUCCUAAGGAGGCUGUUUCAGACAGAGCCUGAUGUCAUUGACUAUCUCUUACGCAGGAAGUUCAACACCACUCUAAGCACAGACAGUGAUACAUCUACAGAGAAGCAUCCUCGCUCCCUACUGGCCAGCCAAAACUGCGUGCUGGCAAGUGGUCAGGUUUCCUCGCAUCUGUACAGCCACGUCUCAUUCCUAAACCUGCAUAUUGAGAAUAGGCAGACCCAGGGCAGCCCAAGCUCCACCCUCACUUUUAAUACGUACCAAACAGGGCAACUUGUCCACCACAAAAAGAGAGACUUGGUCACCCAGGAAAGAGUAGGGACAUCUUGGGAAGCAUAAAUCUCUGAGGGGACUUCUCCAUUCGCAGUUAUCAGCCUUCUAAUUCAUAUCAGUGCAGCUCCCCAGGUGGGAGGCACUAGUAUAAAUUGCACAGAUGUUUCACUGCCAUAUAGCAGAGCUAGACCAGAUAGUGCUACACAUGUAGGAGCCCUGUCUACAUUAGUACUCUCACUGUUGCUGCCCUAGGGAAUUACAUUCUGAUUUUUGCCAAUGUAGACAAGACCUAAGGAUACAUUAAGCUGAAUUCCUGUCUGGCCUCGCCAAUGAUUAGCAAGAACAUACAGAACAUGUAGAGUUAUUUAAAGGGUCUUCUGUAAAAUUCUUGUUUGUUAAAGUCUGCUGGAGAGUUAGCAUAUCACAAAGCUCUGUGCGCGCGUGUGUUCAGGAGGCAGUGUGCGCGCAAUGGCAGGGAAAGCACAGUUUGUGUGUCUGUGAGGCAUGAUGGCAGUUUGUGCCUGCUGCUGGUAGCAAGCCUAAAAUGCCUUGGUGCUGCAUUUUCAUCUAUCAAGAAACCUAAGCUGGUGCAGAAUAUGGCACCUGUUUGCUAACGUGAGCAGUGCAUCUAGUGGCAGCUCAAGUUUCCUGUGCUCCAGGAUCUGCCUGUUGGUUUCUGGGUGGAGUUUAAGGUGUUGGUUUUGGCCUAUAAAGCCCUGACCUGCUUGGAGCUGCCUACCUGAAAGGCAUUGCUGCCCAUGCUGUGCUGCCACUAGCAGAGGCCCUUGAGCUGGACCCUUAUAUAGGGUUACCAUAUUUCAGCAAGCAAAAAAGAGGACGGGAGG